GAAAAAUUCCAUCUCUUUAUAAACACCAACUCCUCCUAACACCGGCCCAUUUCAUUCUCCACUACCUACCCAACUACCCUCAACACCUUCAAGCUUCCGAUCUACCAGCGGCAGACGGCAAACGCACCACCAGCUUUGCGCCGCAUUCACCAACAAGUCCUUUUUGGCCUUUUUGACGUCUCCUUCCCUUCUUUUCGUUCCUCCUCCUCCUCCCUUCACUUCGACUCAAAGUUCCAACCGACUGUUCAGGCGUCGUUUUCGUUCACACUCAUACAGAGUACCUAUAAUCACACACUCUCCUACAAUGGCCAAUCCACCCCAUGGCGGCAUUUUGAAGGAUCUCAUUGCACGCGAUGCCCCGAGGCGUCAGCAAUUGUUCGACGAGGCAGAGGGUCUCCCGGCCAUCGUCCUCACCGAGCGACAGCUCUGCGAUUUGGAGUUGAUUCUCAACGGUGGCUUCUCACCAUUGGAAGGCUUCUUAAACCAGAAGGAUUAUGAAGGAGUUGUCAACAACCUUCGACUUGCAGAUGGCAACCUUUUCAGUAUUCCCAUCACUCUGGACCUUUCCAAGGAGUCUAUCGAAGAAUUAGGCGUGAAGCCUGGAGCGCGUGUCGCACUUCGCGACUUCCGCGAUGACCGAAAUCUUGCCAUCAUCACCGUCGAGGAUGUCUACCAACCCGACAAGAAGAAGGAGGCACAGGAGGUCUUUGGAGGCGACCCUGAGCACCCCGCCGUCAAGUAUCUCUUCGACACUGCCCAGGAGUUUUACAUCGGUGGCAAGGUCGAGGCCAUCGAUCGCUUGAACCACUACGACUAUGUUGCCCUUCGAUAUACCCCCGCAGAGCUCCGUUUGCACUUCGACAAGCUCGGCUGGUCCCGAGUCGUCGCCUUCCAAACGAGAAACCCCAUGCAUCGUGCUCACAGAGAACUCACUGUCCGCGCCGCCCGUGCUCGUCAAGCCAACGUGUUGAUCCACCCAGUCGUUGGACUAACCAAGCCCGGUGACAUCGAUCAUUUCACACGUGUCCGUGUCUACCAGGCUCUCCUCCCUCGUUACCCCAACGGAAUGGCUGUUCUUGGUCUUCUGCCUCUUGCUAUGCGCAUGGGGGGUCCCCGUGAGGCCAUCUGGCAUGCUAUCAUUCGCAAGAAUCACGGUGCCACGCAUUUCAUUGUUGGCCGUGAUCACGCAGGCCCUGGCAAGAACUCCAAGGGAGUGGAUUUCUACGGACCCUACGAUGCUCAGUAUGCCGUUGAGAAGUACAGGGACGAGCUUGGAAUCGAGGUCGUUCCUUUCCAGAUGAUGACAUAUCUCCCCGAUUCCGACGAAUACAAACCUAAGGAUGAAGUCGCCGAGGGUGUGCGAACUCUUGACAUCUCAGGAACUGAAUUGCGCAAGCGUCUUCGAACAGGACAGGAAAUUCCCGAGUGGUUCUCCUACCCCGAGGUCGUCCGCGUCCUUCGAGAAUCCCAUCCGCCACGCAACAAACAAGGUUUCACUGUUUUCCUGACUGGCUACCAAAACUCCGGCAAGGACGCCAUUGCGCGUGCUCUCAAUGUGACUCUCAACCAGCAGGGCGGCCGUUCCGUCUCGCUCCUCCUUGGCGAAACCAUCCGCCACGAACUCUCUGCUGAGCUCGGUUUCUCCCGUGAAGACCGUGACCGGAACAUUGCACGCAUUGCUUUCGUUGCCUCCGAGCUCACCAAGUCUGGUGCCGCCGUGAUCGCAGCACCAAUCGCUCCGUUUGAGGAGGCCCGUCAGCACGCCAAGGAAACCGUUGAAAAGAAUGGCAGUUUCUUCCUCGUCCACGUAGCCACACCUCUGGAGUUUGCCGAGAAGACGGACAAGCGAGGUAUCUACGCAAAGGCAAGGAACGGAGAGAUCAAGGGCUUCACUGGUGUUGAUGACCCGUACGAGGCACCCAACAACGCACAUCUUUCCGUUGAUCUUAGCAAAACAAAUGUGCGAACAGCUGUGCACCAGAUCGUGCUCUUGCUUGAGGCCCAGGGUCUUCUGACACAGUUGUGAGUGAACGGCGGCUCGGCUAGGGGUUUGAUGAGGACGUUCGGGACUUGUAUACAUUAGCAUCGAGGGCUACGAGUGGAUUAGGGAUUUCUUCAUUCUCCCAUAGAUCAUCAUGACAAUGGAUUAGAGUUAGAUUGCGCCCAAAGAACACCCUAGGCACGGAAGCGUCAGCCAGGGUUAACAUGACAUUUCCCUAUGGGUGAGCGAUCAUGAUUUGACGUCUCAAUAAGGUUUGUACAUCAUUGCUAGACAUGGCGCCUGCCCGUAUAAGAACAAGG